AUGGUGAAGCCGGAGAUGAAUUACCGUCGUGCGUCGAGCAUGGGCAUCCCUUUGAUGCGUCUGUACAUUGACCCGCAAAACGUCCUCUGUACCAGAUUUGACCCCUUUUUCUGGUCCUGGCUUGACCGGCUGCCGAUCAAUUGGCACAACUAUAGUUGCCGAUCGCGGCGAGUUGCACCGACGCCACGGGUCCAUCUGGGCGAAUGUCACCCGGUCAUCCCCGAUAUGUUCCAGCGAUGCCAGCCCAGUCAAAUGUAUAAGGUUCUCAACGUCUACGGUCCAUGUAUCUCGACCGCUAGCUGGAAGGGCUGGCUUCGGUACCGAAAGGUCCCGGCCACUCCGUUUAAGAAAGGCGUUAUAUCCUUUAUAAAGAACGAGAGUGUCGAGAAAGCCCGCCAGAUGCUGGGGGUCUGGGAUUUUGCCGCAGAUUGCAGAGAUUUCCAGUGUUGCAAAGGAUGCGCGUGCCCUGUCAUUGAACGUAAUCGCCGCCAUGUGGGAUUCCGCAAGUCAUUUCAUUUCCGCAGUGCCAAACACCACAAAGCCAACCCUGGGCUGCCUGCCACCCCGGAAGAUGAUUGUGCGGUCGAGGAUAAAUCUGUAGGCUACCGUGACGCACCUCGGACGGUGCUGGAUAACUGCAUUCUACUCAUGAUCAUGCCUCGUAAGUUGCUCGUGCUGCCAUCCGCACCAUAA